AUGACUCCUGGUGAUUUUAUCCUGAAAUUACUUUUCCUGGCCCAGACUGGGGUCGGGGUGGUGGGGAAUACCUUUCUUCUCUCAGCUUAUGCCCCCACAUCCUGUACUGGCCAUGCACCAAGGCCCACACACCUGAUUCUCACCCAUGCGGCUGUGGCCAACUUCUUAGUCCUUCUCUCCAAGGGGAUUCCCCACAUGAUGGUAAUCUGGGGAAUGACACCCAUCCUGGGAAACACGGGAUGUAAACUUGUCUAUUAUAUCCACAGAGUGGCCCGAGGCCUUUCUCUCUGCACCACUUGCCUCCUGAGCAACUUUCAGGCCAUCACCAUCAGCCCCAGAGCUGGAGGGUGGGUGGGGCCCAAAGACCGAUCUUGGAAGAAAAUCAGUUUCUCCUGUGUUCUGUGUUGGAUCUUCAACUUGCUGAUAAAUACCUUUAUUCCUAUACAUAUUGAAGGCCUUCAACAAAAUCACAAUUCUACCAAGGUGCGGGACUAUGGUUUAUGUUCUUCCAGAAAUUCUCAAACAUCUACUCCAAAAUACACAUUUCUAAUGACACUGGCAGAUGUUGUGUUCCUGGGACUCAUGGCUUGGGCCAGUGCCUACAUGGCACUUCUCCUGUACAGACAUCAGCAGCGAGUGAAGCAUAUUCACAGCAGCAGCAACACCCACAGAUUCUCCCCUGAGACAAAAGCCACUCAAACCAUCUUGCUUAUAGCAAGCAACUUCAUUUUGUUUUAUUUAAUCAGUUCUUUUCUUACCAUUUAUAAUACUGUCUUUUUCAAAUCUCGCCCGUGGCUGCAGCACAUGACUACUUUUCUGGCAGCUUGUUAUCCCACCGUCAGCCCCCUGAUACUGAUGCUUCGAGAUCCUCGAGCACCAAAUUGCUGCUCUUAA